AUGGACAACAUCAAAACCACGUUCUACACGGUCACUUACGAGGAAAUUCGUCCGGGCACACGGAAAAGGGGUUAGUUUUAAUGCGAACCGAGUCUCUUCAAACAUUUUCAAAUCCUAGGUCACUCUGAGCCACCGGAACCGGAGCCCGAGCCGAAAAAGUUCAAUGAACCGGAAAGGAUCGACGUCGACGCAGAGAUUUUGAGAAAACAAGAGAAUUUGGAGAUUGUCGUGGCGAGAAUCAAGAGCCGAGCUGCAAAACUGAUGUGCAACGGAUAA